UCAGGCGGCAGUUUCAGGGACGUAGAUUCAUUCACAUAUCAAGAGACGUGUACGGCCGCCACUGUGAUGUGAGUGAGUGAGUGAGAUCUGGUGCCGCCUCUCGCUCUCGGUGGUGCAAUGGGAAGCUCGUCGAAGGAAGAGACGGCGAGUGACGGAGACACGGCCAGUGGUGGCGCAUCGCCUUCCAACGACGGCAGACUCUUUACGGAGGGCGAGCGUGUUCUCGCCUACCACGGUCCUCGCGUCUACGGAGCCAAGAUUCAAAAAGUGGAGCUUCGAAAGAAGGAGUGGAAGUACUUUGUUCAUUACCUCGGUUGGAACAAAAAUUGGGAUGAAUGGGUUAGUGCGGAUAGGCUGUUGAAACAUACGGAGGAGAAUCUUGUUAAACAGAAGGCUCUAGACAAGAAGCAAGGAGUAGAGAAGGGUACCAAGUCUGGGCGUUCGGCUCAGACUAAAACUAGAAGCUCUGCAGACACAAAGGCUGAGAAAGAUGACACGAGAAACAAUGCUGCAAAAGGGAAGAAGCGAAAGAACGAGUCAGGCAAUGAGAAGGAUAACGUAUCAGCAGAGAAGCUACUCAAGAUCCAAAUACCUGCAACACUUAAAAAACAGCUCGUUGACGACUGGGAGAAUGUUACGCAGAAGGACAAGGUUGUGAAACUUCCGCGUUCACCUAAUGUCGACGAGAUAUUGUCCAAGUACCUUGAACUCAAAACCAAGAAGGAUGGAAUGAUAACUGAUGCUGUCGGUGAAAUCUUGAAAGGCAUAAGGUGCUACUUCGACAAGGCACUACCUAUGAUGCUCUUAUAUAAGAAAGAGCGGCGACAAUACGAAGAAGCAGUCGUGGAUGAUAUCUCACCUUCAACUGUUUAUGGCGCCGAGCAUCUACUUCGUCUCUUUGUGAAAUUUCCGGAGCUUUUUUCAUAUGUAAACAUGGAAGAAGAGACAUGGAGUCGCAUGCAUCAAACACUAUUAGACUUCCUCAAGUUCAUUCAGAAGAAUCAGAGCACUUUCUUGUUGUCACCAUCAGCAUAUGAAUCUGAUAAGGUGGUUUCAGACGGUAAAGGCAAAGGCAAAGAUGAGUGAGAACAAAACGCCAGCUCCAUAAAUUUGUCGGUAUAAUCAAUCGCUGUCAAGUUGUCUUGUAACUUUAGGAUUCCUUCAAAUUUUUCUGAUGGAUUUUAUAACUGUAACUUAACAUUUUUCACAACGAUUGUUCAAUCAAAAUAAACUUGAAUA